AUGUUAUACCGGCCUGUUCACCAUUAUAUAUUGGCUUCCUUGAUAGUUUUAAGUUUCUUUGCAAAUGCUCUUAUCGCUAUAGUUCUGGCAAACAAGGUUAUGAGGAUUUCUGGAACAAAUAUAAUUAUGUUGUUCAUUUCUAUUUGUGACUUCGGAUGUUCCGUCUCUGGGUUGUUUCAAUUGUUUUUAAGAAGCUACACCGGUGAAUACAAUUCUUAUUUUGGUGCAUAUGGUCAGUUAAUUGUAGAUUAUUUAGCGGUAUGCUUUCAUACGUCUUCGCUUUAUGCUGCUAGCGGAAUGGCCCUUUGUAGAGUGAUGUCUUUGACACUGUCAAACAAAAAUAGGCAUCAAUGGAACACUCCAAAGUAUGCACUGCAAGUGGCUUGCUGUAUGAGUGCACCUGUUUUCAUAUUAGCGACCGCUGUACUUUUCAUAAACUCUGUGAAAGAAAGCCAAGAAGAUGGUAUCUACAUGGAGAUUUCCGAUCUAUCAAUUGCCAAUGAAUGUCUCUAUAUGAAAAUUAAUUUGGCUAUUCUUGGAAUAUGCUUCAAGCUAGCGCCGUGCAUUUCAAUGUUGAUGUUAUCUGUGUUACUGUUGCAGAAAAUGGACCAAGGGAAACAAAGUGCAAGCAAUUCUACUCGGAAAGAUACAAGAGGCAAAAUAGAUCGCUCAUCAAGCUUUAUCCAAUUCGUUCUAAUUGUUUUUCUAAUCACCGAAUUUCCCCAAGGAGUUUUCAAUCUUCUUGGAGCACUAUCAAUUGUUGAUUACCUAAACUACUAUCAAAAUUUAUCAAUUUUCAUGAACGUUCUUUCAUUUUUCAAUACCACAACCAGCUUCAUAAUAUAUAGCGCUUUGUCUGAAAAAUUCAGGCGUCUAUUCGUUCAAUUGUUCCUACCAAAAAGAAUUAUUCCACAAUCACUUUUGAACCGAAGAACUUUAAUCGUUCAAUUUAAAGUUGUUUCUACUCGGCUCGAUUUUCAUCAUUGA